AUGGCUUUAGAUAAGGAGUUCUUCGGUCCCCUUACCUUGCACCAAAAAGUUGAGGAACCUAGUAUCUUCAAGUCAGACGAAGCAGAAGAUUGUGCUUGCGUUCUUUGUGAGCAAAAGUACGUCUUGCCGAAAUCAGAAAAAGAUAUGCUAACACAUUUUUUCAUGGAGCACCGUUUGGUCAUUGCUGAUGUUAAUCAAAUUGCUGAUUUGCCUGCUUACGUUAGGUAUUGGAAGUCGCGAUUUAAAGAUCAUGAUCAACCCUAUUUCUGUACAACGAUGCUGUUGGAUAGUAAACCAGAUGGAACUAAAUCAAAAAAUGAGGAAUACUUCCUUUUAAGUGACGUUUUACCAGAAGAUAAGGAGUUGAGGUCAAAUCUUCGGCAAUCAAAACUUGAAAAGCUUCUAGACAGGCAAGCUUUUGAAAGAGAAGAUAAAAACUAUAUCAAAGAAUGUUUAUUUUGUCGUUAUGUUUCUAAAGAUACUCGAGCCAGUUAUCUAAAUCAUUUAUAUGAAAAACACAAUUUCCACAUUGCAAAAUCUGACAACUUGAUCUUUGUUGAUGAUCUUGUAGAUUUUUUAGCAUCAAAACUGGAAGGACUACAGUGUAUAUACUGUGAAGGGCUAUUUAAGGAUAGGACCAUACUCAAAGAACAUAUGCGUAAAAAGGGACAUAAAAGAAUCAACCCAAACAAUAAAUCUUAUGAUAAAUUCUUCAUAGUCAAUUAUAUAGGUGACACAAAACCGGCACAAAAGUCAUAUCCAAAAGUAAAAAAAAUUGAUGAUAAUGAUUCUACUAUAGACAGUGAUCCAGAAUGGUCAGAAUGGACAGAAGAGAAUGGUCCAUUAAUAACAUGUCUUCUUUGUGAACACACUGAAAUGGAAUAUGAGAAUAUUUUGGAUCACAUGGAGCGGCAACACGAGUUCUACUUUACUAAAUCAACAGCCGGCAUGGACUUCUAUCAGAAAGUUAAAAUUGUAAAUUACAUCAGACGUCAAAUACAUUUGAAACAGUGUCUGUCGUGUGAUACAAAGUUUGAUGAUAGAAAAAAUUUAGAAAAACACGUAAAGGAAACAAACCACUGGACUCUAAGGAAGGAAAAGUGGGACCAACCGGAAUAUUACUUUCCUACAUAUGAAGAUGAUCUCUUUUUAUGUUUUAUUCAUGAUGAUGAUGAGAGUUGGUGGUCAAAUGAUGAACAAGAGGUAGAUAAACGGAAUAGCAUGUCGGAUAGUAUAUCUAAGGAAAUGGCUAUGGCUGUCCUUACGGAGUAG